UGAUCCUGGAUGUCUUGAUAUCAGUUAUAUAUCUUGACUCAUCCAAAUUCUUUCCUGCCAAAAGGUAGAUAUUUUACUCAUACUUUUAUUGAACCUCAUUUGCAGGUUGAGAGUCCAUACUGAGAAUUAGAACAAGUAUUUACAUUCUCGGUGCCAUAUUAAGUCGUUAAAAGCUGCCCUGUUGUAGCCAUCCUGUCAUUUGAGCCGCUCUCCUACCAGCGGGUAGUGCAAUCAAAUCCGAAAGAUAUAUUGCUGUUAGCAGUCAGUAAAAACAUAUUCAGAACACAAUGAGUGGAUCUGGUGGAGGAUACUACAAGUACCGGUGUAAGUACUGGUUAUUGUAUAAUUGCGAAAAUUGGGUCUGGGUUAAUAAUGAAUCGUGUGCAAAAUGCUUGGCGAGCGGCAGAGAUGAAAUCAUCGUUUCUGCAUCUCAACUUAGAAUGUCGAGGGAGAUAUUCGUGCCACAGAUUCAAGAUGGGAAUUUGUAUUAUACAGUGAUGGAGAUUGUCGCUUUGAGCGACUUUGACAGCGGUUGGAUAGUGAAGGAGCCAAAGAGCCCAGAGUUUCCAACAACCACGUCCCCAACGGCCGAGAGUCUUCCAGCAAACAAUGGUGCUGUUUCUCAAGUUACAAGAGUGCAAAUUUUACCAGCACAAAAGGAUACUCGAUAGAUGACAUACAUCUAAUCAAUCUCCUUUGCUUUCUCCGGUUUUUGCGUUUGCUCGACAAUGAAAGAAUAUUGUUUUUGGUGGAUUAUUUUCUCGCUAAAAGGGGUAAUUUCCGAUGUUGGCCGGACUGGGACGAUUUGGAAACGAAAAGUGUUUUUCUGAAAUUGCGACGGUCUAUAUUGGAUUAUCAAAAUUCAUUC